AAGAAUUUAAAACUAUUAUUUAAUUUUGACAAAGAUGAACUUUGUAUUAUAUUUCUUUUUACUGAUAAGUGUAGUAGAAAAUGCUUUCAAGAUAUAGAAUACGGAAGUAAAGCGAACUUUAAGAACGCUCUGGAAUACUGGAAUCCUUAUAAAAUGGUGGGAACCUUUCUCAUCACUGGACCAAUAUCUAUUACUGAAAGAUGGUUGGUACCAAGCAGGAUACAAUCUUCUUUCUUCCUCAGAUUCUUGACAACGAUAAUUCUUUUGGUACCUGGUAUAAAACGUGAGCGGACCGUUAUUGCUAGUCAGAGUCGAAAAGACGUUGUUCAAGUUUUUGUCAAAGAGGUGAAAAGUCCAAAACGCAUUCGAAAGAAGAUUCAAGAAGAUCCCGUGACAGCAGCGAUGAAGCAUAAAAUGGUGACUACGUUGCAAUUUGCUUUUUGUCUGGCUUUGAUCUGUGCGAACGGUUCAAUGGGCAAACCUUUGACAGCAGAGGAUGUCGAAGAUUUACUUCCACCAGCCCCGCGUGAUAAGAACGAAACGAUAGCUGCAGUCGUUCAGGAUCCAGUUGUUCAGGAUGCUGUGCAUCACGCAGUUAGCAAUGGGUCUCUAAAUGGAUUGGUUGUUAAAAAGCAUGUAUUCAUAAUGCCAGCCACCAAUCCGACUAUGAUAUUAUCGAAACGCGAACAUCUGCUAGUCGUUCCCACCGAGAACUUGGAAGAUGUGCGAAAAAAUAUUACAGCAGCGAAAGAAGCAGAGGCUCAAGAAUCCUCAUCGCUGGAAAGUCAAGCAUUCUUCGAGGGCGACGCAAGUGACUACGCGCCACAGGACAACGAAAGCGGAUUAGAAGAAAAGGAAAACGAGUCUUUCCCAGAACAGAAUGUUGCCCAAUCAGUGCCAUUGAACGAGAAACGUAAAAGCGGAACUGAAUUCUUGAAAGACAAACUCAGCGACGGAACUGUGUUACCGGAGGAUUCAUCUUCAAAAACGGUAGCUGUUCCCAUUGUCGCGGUUAUUGAUCCCUCGAACGCUGAAAAGGGCAAAGUGAAGAGUCCGAUCGUGGCCAUUUUGCCUAACGAAGUUAAAAAUGGCCAGUUGAAUAGCCAGAUGGAAUUUUUGAAAGAUAACAGCGGAAAGAUUCAAAAGGAAGCUCAGUACUUUGUUGAUCAGAGUUCAUUGACAGUCAAUCCUGAUUAUUGGAAAUCGUCAACACCAUCGGAGAUUAUCGUUGCUUCAUCACCAACAUAUAACAGUGACCCAGUGUCAUUAGCCACAGACGGAAUGCUUUUAUCUCCAGUAGUAGUGUCGCAAUGGGCAAUGCUAUCACCAUCUCUGCAGAAUGAUCAAAUAGAUUAUUCCCAAGAAAUUCCAGGUGACAUGGAUGUAGCUGAGGAUAUUGUAUUUAGGCCUCUGUUCAAAUAUCGGCAGGAAUCACAGCAACGGUCUAAGUACUAUGACGGCAGUAAUCGACGAUACAGUUACAACAGUUAUUAUCCGAGACGCCCUUAUUUUUACAGACCUUCAUAUGACUAUUAUUAAAAACGAGGAGGAUUAGGGCGAGAAGAGGAAAAGAAAGAAAUGUAAUUUACGCUUGGAUAGAGACGGGAAAAGAAGAUAUUUUGAUCUGAUACAUUUCUCAUUGCUUUACGAUUCUAUAUUUUAAUACCUAGAUAAAAUUUUGUCUCCAUUUACACUAUGCAUAGAGAAAAAUAUGUUUUCUGUUCAAGUUGAGUAUCAAUUAAAUUGUGAGUUCAAAUUUUGAAUUUUGAUUUCUUUCUUCUCUUUUUAUUUUCAUCUUUAUUAAAAUUGAGAAAAGUAUGAUGAUGAUGAAUGCUGGUUUUUGUGGGAAGUUACUGAUUUUGAAAGGAAGAAAAUUUGAGCCAGAAAUGUAGACAAAUUAAACAAAUUUUCCGUUAAAAAAAAAAAAAAUCAAUCUUUUUUUGAAACCCCGAAAAGAUUAAUCAUAUUUGUUCAUCAAAUAAGUGCGAACGAAAAAUUAAUUCUAAUCAUUCACGCUAUAAAAAGAAUAGAAAGCAACAAUAGAAACCAUGAAAUUUACUUUAAGGCUACAAACUGAUGCUUGAAACGUUGUGAAUGAUGACAAGGUUGUCAAGAAAUGAAGACUUCAAUGGCAUCGGUGUCAUUUCCAAACGAAUUACCACCGUUUAUUUCUAUAAAAUAUCAACUUAAGACUUUCUCUCAGUAUUCCCUCAUUUCUCUACAUAUCUGUAGAAAAAUUUAAUAAACUAUUUAUUUCAAAAAACUCAGAUACAGUUACAUUAUUAGUAGUUACAAAAUUCACAACGAUUUUACUGUUGUUAAAAUUCAUUCUUCGAUAAAAGAAAAUAAAAAAAAUGUAAUUCUUAGAUCUAUUUGUCAUAUACAUACACAUCUGUUAAUAUAUGUACGUUUCUUUAAUGAAAUAAUGAUGUCAUUUCAAAGAAAUUUGAAAUAUGAUAAACAAUGAUUGGAAUUAAAAGAAGAUAAACUUAUCAAUUCCAGAAUGUAAUUUCGUACAAAUGUAAUAUUAUGAUAAUAAAUAACACGA